ACAAAAACGACCGAAGCUAGCUCCUGCCCGCCCGUUUGCCCUUGCUCUUGCGCCAGAAAAGCCGACCAAAAAUCCCAAAGCUCCACACAAACGUUCAUCCACCCGCCACGAAAGGUUCGCGCGCCGCGUCUCUUCCUUAACCCCUUUCACAACCAGCAAACCACAACCUUAAACACUAACAAGGAGCACAACUCUGCACGUUCAUAGCCCCACUCAAAUACCGCAACAAAUCAAGAAUCAAACAACACAAUGGCUUCCGAGGAGACUGGAGUCACCGCCCCCGGCGCCCAGGAAGUGGCCAACGCUGGCGUCGCGUCCGAGGCCAAGGGUAAGGGCAAGGGUCCCGCCCAGGAUACUCACGACACUGAGAUGGACGAGGAUGAUGAGGAUGACACCGAGGCCGACGAGGCCGAGCAAGUAGCUGAGGAAGUCGAGGACGACGGCAUGGACGAGAUUGACUCUAGCAAUGUCCUCCCCAGCCGCACGCGCGGCCGCAAGAUCGAUUUUGCCAAGGCGGCUGCGGAGCAGAACCUCAGCGUCGAUGACGACGAGGAGGAUGACGACGACGACUUCAACGACCCCGAUGCCGAGGAUGACAAGAUGGACGAGGACUGAGAAGAUGACCUUAUUCUGGGUGAUGAUUGACGACAACAAAGGAGAAAAAAAGUUUACACAAAAAGCAGUUCUCUUGGGGAGUUCAAUGGUAUUAUGGUAUUCUGAUGGAUGAUGGGGUGUUCUUUGAAUGACCAACAUGCUAUUAUUGGGCGGUUAACGGCCGUUGGCUGUGCCUCUCUUCAUAUGUUAUCCCUGAACUCAUUGGUUUGCCAGGACAACACAAAAUAAAUGUUUUUGUCUGCUGAGGGUGAUGCUAAGGAAAACGUUACUUGUCCAUGGUGAACCUGGUACCCAAAAAUUCUAGACGGUAUAGACGAAUUGUGAACUUGGAGUUCCGCACUUCCAUUGUAGAGAACUGAAGCCAUGUGCGACCAAAAGGGCUGGCAAAAAUUGGUUUUGUCCUUGUACAUCACGUCAUGAGCAAGAAGCUAG